CUCCCUCCCCUUCCCCUCUCUUUCGACACUUCAUUCAGGGGUCUUUCCCUCCACUCUUUCCCAGAUCACAGCAUGGCUCUCAAGCGUAUUAACAAGGAACUCACUGACCUCGGCCGUGAUCCCCCCUCUUCCUGCUCUGCUGGUCCUACCGGAGAUGACCUGUUCCACUGGCAAGCAACUAUCAUGGGUCCUGGUGACUCCCCAUACUCGGGAGGCGUUUUCUUCUUGAACAUUCACUUCCCCACCGACUACCCAUUUAAGCCCCCGAAGGUCAACUUCACCACCCGCAUCUACCACCCCAACAUCAACUCGAACGGCAGCAUCUGUCUUGACAUUCUCAGAGACCAAUGGAGCCCUGCUCUCACGAUCUCCAAGGUGCUACUCUCGAUUUGCUCGAUGCUCACCGACCCCAACCCCGACGAUCCGUUGGUGCCCGAGAUUGCUCACGUGUACAAGACCGACCGUCCUCGGUACGAGGCGACCGCGCGUGAAUGGACUCGCAAAUACGCUAUCUGAUCUUCGCAAUUCAAGUUUCCACGGCCACCUUGGUCUUCCCACUCGCUUCUGCGUCUUCUUUCCAAAUCGUUAGAUCAGAUCCGAAGCCUGGCGUACCGUGAUCGUAGAUCCUUUCCUUGUUUUCAGUUUGCGCGUCUGAUUCCCCUUUACCUCAAACCCCUUGUUUCACUUUCUCUUGGCGGGAAAUGUCAUAUUCAACGAUCAUUAUGACCAAUUCUCAUUAUGCAUUCAUGGCAUUUUUUUAUUUUCUCUGAAUGGAGUCGGAUCCCAUGUUACAACGUUGAACAUUAAACCCCAGGCUGUUUUCCUCGGGUCGGGGGUGGUUGGUGGUGGACGUGGGAAGGAUGGUUCGAGGUUGGUCGUGACGGUCGAAGUAGUGGUG